UCCUCGCCGCACCGCCCUUCUCCUCCUCGGCCUCUCCUCCCCUUCGCCGCCGGCCGGCGCGCCGCCCCGGGCCCGCAUCUCCUACGAGUCGCGUAGACUACCCGCCGGUCAUCCCCGCUUCAUCACACCUCCUACCUCCGCCGCUGUGCUCGCGUGUACCCCAGAGGGCUCCCACCGUUCUGCCCGAUUCGACCACCACCCCCGGUGGGGGAAUUGAUGGAGAAGGGGAAGUCGGUGGUCGCAGAGCUCGCCACGUCGCUGAGAGAUGUCGAGGUCACGCCGCGCCGGAAGCCCGCAGGUUUAUUACCGGCAGCCUCUUUCUAUUCUCGAACUACCAAGGGUAGACCUCGGAAAUUGGUUAGUUUGUGCCUUGGCAUCCUCGGUCAGCAUCUUGAAGAUAUCAUAACUGAUAUUUCUGAAUUUGCAACCUUCUUUCCACCCCACAUAAAGUUGGCAAUUGUGUCUAUUGCAAGGAGAAGAAGGCUACUGAAUGAUGAAGUUUUGAUUUCUCUUGCUGAUAGUUCCUGGGAGAUCCUAGAUAUAUCUGGCUCUGAUGUAUCUGAUGUUGGUCUGGCUACUGUGGCAAAUAUUUCUAAUAAUCUGUGUGCUAUCGAUAUUAGUCGCUGUGAAAGGAUAACUGCUGCAGCUGUUUCUGAGGUCAUAUGUCAUUGUCCAUCCUUGGAGAUAUUGAGAUGCGGAGGCUGUCCGAGAAGUGAAUCCACUGCACGCAGGUCUGUCAAUCUCUUGAAACCCAAAUUGAAUACUCUUGAAGAGGACUCAUGGGAAGAACUUGAUACGGUAGAAAUUGGCGGGGGUGCAGAAUCCUUAAGAUGGCUAGUUUGGCCAAAGAUAGAUGGUAACUCAAAGGAAAUUAUAUCUAUGGAAUGUCCUCGUAUUACUGUCAACCCACAGCCAUCACCUUUUGACAUUCGUGGAUCCAAGGUCCCAGCUGAAGCUCUAGCAAGUGUACCACUGGAUCACUCCAUUAUCGCGGAUAUUGACCCCAAAACAUGGGCUGUUGCUGCCGCUCCUCAAAGACCUACCAUUCCAACUGACCCAAAUGCGCCCCCUGAAAUGUCGAUCGCUGAGAAGUUCAGGCUGGCCUAUGUGGAGAGAGAAGCAAGGCUAGCCCCAAAGAGAGCCAAGAGAGAACGACAGCAACGUCGUCGUGCUGAAAGGGAGUACGUAAUGAACGACAUCAACGCCAAAUCUGUAGCGCUUGCUGCACAAGUGAGCAAAUACCUGCGCAAGAGCUAGUGCCUAGUAGCAUGGCCUGUUGUGUACUCUAGCUGAUGUUGUAUGUAUCUUACAAGAAAAAGAUACUGUGGGUUUGUGACAACAGAAUAGGUUUGUUGCAUCCCAGUUUUCAGUUUUGUAGCAACUUAUAGAGUGUAUACUUUGUACUACUGGUUUUGUCAUGUAUGGAACCAUGUCAACAUUGAACUGUAGGCAUGCUGUGCUUAUCCAAUGGUUUGUUGGGCCUCACAGAUUCAGUGGGAUCAGUUUUGAACUACUCUCUUUGAAGCAACCAAAUUCUUUGA